AUGCUCGGCUGGGUGGUAGCGUCGGUGGAAAACACACAGAGGGAGGAUUUUAAUACCGAACCACACUCUCUUCCCAUAUUGUCCACUCCACUAGACAAUAACAGUUCACGGGCGGUUAUUACUCUGUUCAUAUUUAAUUACCAAUCCAAUCUGUUCAUAUCUAUCUAUCUAUCUAUCUAUCUAUCUAUCGCAGUCUAUUCAUAUCUAUCACGGUCUGUUCAUAUAUAUCUAUCCCAGAUUGUUCAUAUCCAUUUAUCUAUCAAUCUAUCGGAAUCAGUUUAUAUCUAUCUAUCUAUCUAUCUAUCUAUCUAUCUAUUUAUCUAUCUAUCUAUCUAUCUAUCUAUCUAUCUAUCUAUCGCAGUCUAUUCAUAUCUAUCACGGUCUGUUCAUAUAUAUCUAUCCCAGACUGUUCAUAUCCAUUUAUCUAUCAAUCUAUCGGAAUCAGUUUAUAUCUAUCUAUCUAUCUAUCUAUCUAUCUAUCUAUCUAUCUAUCUAUCUAUCUAUCUAUCGCAGUCUAUUCAUAUCUAUCACGGUCUGUUCAUAUAUAUCUAUCCCAGAUUGUUCAUAUCCAUUUAUCUAUCAAUCUAUCGGAAUCAGUUUAUAUCUAUCUAUCUAUCUAUCUAUCUAUCUAUCUAUCUAUCUAUUUAUCGCAGUCUAUUCAUAUCUAUCACGGUCUGUUCAUAUAUAUCUAUCCCAGAUUGUUCAUAUCCAUUUAUCUAUCAAUCUAUCGGAAUCAGUUUAUAUCUAUCUAUCUAUCUAUCUAUCUAUCUAUCUAUCUAUCUAUCUAUCUAUCUAUCGCAGUCUAUUCAUAUCUAUCACGGUCUGUUCAUAUAUAUCUAUCCCAGACUGUUCAUAUCCAUUUAUCUAUCAAUCUAUCGGAAUCAGUUUAUAUCUAUCUAUCUAUCUAUCUAUCUAUCUAUCUAUCUAUCUAUCUAUCUAUCGCAGUCUAUUCAUAUCUAUCACGGUCUGUUCAUAUAUAUCUAUCCCAGAUUGUUCAUAUCCAUUUAUCUAUCAAUCUAUCGGAAUCAGUUUAUAUCUAUCUAUCUAUCUAUCUAUCUAUCUAUCUAUCUAUCUAUCUAUCUAUCUAUCUAUCUAUCGCAGUCUAUUCAUAUCUAUCACGGUCUGUUCAUAUAUAUCUAUCCCAGAUUGUUCAUAUCCAUUUAUCUAUCAAUCUAUCGGAAUCAGUUUAUAUCUAUCUAUCUAUCUAUCUAUCUAUCUAUCUAUCUCGGGAAUAUUUUCGGCAUCAGAUUAUUAUUUCUUAUAUGCGAUAUUUAUUAG